AUGGACCAUAGUGACUUCGAUAGUGUCUCUUGGAGGAAUGGUCCUGACAGCGAUCUUUCGAGACCAACCACCUCUGGGACCGAUGCUGAACGCUCCAGCAGAUCAGGCUAUGAUAUCAAUGGGAAGAGACGGAUGAGCUCCGCCGGGGAGGAGGCGCCGCAACUUUCCCCACACCCCGCCGGUGAUCUUGCUGGAAUUGGAGAUGGAAUGCUGGAAUGCACAGUAGAUUCGCCCUUGAAGGAGAACAGUGGCACGAAAGAUGCCUAUAUUUCUUAUCUCAUUACCACCCAUACCGACUUCAAAUCCUUCCAGAAACCAAAUUUCACCGUCCGUCGCCGUUAUUCGGAUUUCAAUUUCCUGUACAACAUCCUAUUCCGCGAAUAUCCAGCAUGCGCUGUCCCACCUCUACCGGACAAGCACAAGAUGGAAUAUGUGCGUGGGGAUCGAUUUGGAACCGAUUUCACUAAUCGUCGAGCCUGGUCCCUUCACCGCUUCCUUAAGCGGCUCUGCCUCCACCCCGUUCUCCGCCGUGCCCCUAUCCUAGUCGUAUUCCUCGAAUCUGCAGAUUGGAACGCGCAUAUGCGACUUCGCCCAUCACGCACCUCCACUAGUGCCUCCGAUGGCGGCGGGGGUCCAACAGGGAUUUUUGAUAACUUCGCAGAUACUUUCGUAAACGCUUUCACCAAAGUGCAUAAACCAGACAAACGGUUCAUCGAGGUGCGAGAGAAAGCGGAUAAACUUGAUGAGGACCUGAAUCAUGUCGAGAAGAUUGUUGCAAGGGUUGUAAGGCGGGAGGCAGAUCUCGAAACAGACUACAACGACCUGGCCACGCAAUUUCGCAAGCUUGUCCUGCUCGAGCCAGACGUUGAGGUGCCGCUGCAAAUAUUUGCCGCCUCGGUAGAAGAGACCGCCCGCGGCAUAAAAACCCUCAAAGACCACACAGACCAAAACUACCUAACCAGCCUACGGGAUAUGGAAGCAUACAUUCUCUCCCUCAAAUCGCUACUGAAAACCCGCGAACAGAAACAACUAGACUUCGAGGCCCUGGUCGACUACCGUAACAGAGCCGUCUUCGAUCGCGACUCCCUGACCAACAACCCAGCGUCAUACUACUCCCCCAACCCACUCACCAGCAACCCAGCCUCCUUCAUCCGCUCCAAAAUGGAAGACAUGCGCGGCGUCGACCACGAGCAAUCACGCCGCGAGCGCAUCCGCAAGCUAGAAUUGCGCAUUGACGAACUGACCCGGGAAGUCGAGAGCUCCAAAACCACGUCUGAAAUGUUCGAUGAGGAAGUUGUCAGGGAAGUUGCGGAUUUUGAACGCAUCAAGGCGAUGGAGUUCCGUGAUACGUUGGGGGCGCUGGCUGAGAAGCAUGUAGAGUUCUAUCAGGGGGUGUUGGCGACGUGGGAGCGGUUUAUUGUUGAGAUGGAGGCGGAGGGGGAAUUGGAUGCGGAUCAGCGUCAGGGUCAGGGUCAGGGGCGGCACAAAAGUAAAAAAGGGGGGCUAGAAGAUGCGCUUGUUGGGCUGGGGCAUUCAUGA